CAGGCCUCGGCCGGGAAGCGCGGGGCCCGCGGCGAAACUGAGACUGAGGAGGAGGAGGAGGCGGGCAGCCCAGGGCCCCCCGCGCCCCUUCUCCCUCCCGCCCUCCCUGCCUUCCACCGGCGGAGCGGCGCUGCAGCACCAGGCUUGGCAAUGCCGUUUGGAUGUGUUACCCUGGGAGAUAAAAAGGAUUAUAACCAGCCAUCAGAAGUGACUGACAGAUAUGAUUUGGGGCAGGUCAUCAAAACAGAGGAGUUCUGUGAGAUAUUCCGUGCCAAGGAGAAAUCAACAGGCAAGCUGUAUACAUGCAAGAAGUUUCUGAAAAGAGAUGGCCGUAAAGUGCGGAAGGCAGCCAAGAAUGAGAUCAUCAUCCUUAAGAUGGUGAAACACCCCAAUAUUUUGCAGCUGGUGGAUGUGUAUGUUACCCGGAAAGAAUACUUCCUCUUCUUGGAACUAGCCACUGGACGAGAAGUAUUUGAUUGGAUCUUAGACCAGGGUUACUACUCUGAACGGGACACCAGUAAUGUCGUCAGACAGGUGCUUGAGGCUGUGGCUUAUCUACAUUCCCUCAAAAUUGUACACAGGAAUCUCAAGGCAAAGAAUUUAGUGUAUUAUAACCGCCUGAAGAACUCCAAGAUCGUGAUCAGUGACUUUCAUCUCGCCAAACUGGAAAAUGGGCUCAUUAAGGAACCCUGUGGAACCCCUGAAUAUCUAGCUCCUGAGGUUGUUGGGCGCCAGCGAUAUGGAAGACCUGUGGACUGUUGGGCAAUUGGUGUGAUCAUGUAUAUUCUUUUGUCAGGGAACCCACCCUUCUAUGAGGAAAUGGAUGAGGAUGAUUAUGAGAAUCAUGACAAGAACUUGUUCCGUAAAAUCUUGGCUGGUGACUACGAGUUUGAUCCACCCUAUUGGGAUGAUAUCUCCCAGGCAGCCAAGGACCUGGUGGCACGUCUGAUGGAAGUGGAUCAAGACCAAAGGAUUACAGCAGAGGAGGCUAUUUCCCAUGAAUGGAUUUCUGGUAAUGCAGCUUCAGACAAGAAUAUAAAGGAUGGUGUAUGUGCUCAGAUUGAGAAGAAUUUUGCCAGGGCAAAAUGGAAGAAAGCGGUCCGUGUGACCACAAUGAUGAAGAGACUCCGAGCACCAGAACACACAGAUGCAGCCAAGGCAAAUCCUCCCGCUGCUGCAACAGCAGAUGGUGCUGCCCCCACAGAGACCACCAGCUCCUCACAUGCCAAACCAGAGGCAGACGGCAAAGUCCCAGCGGCGACUGAGGCGGCCACAGCUACAACAGCAACAGCCCCCCUUGCUGCAGCAGCAAGCCCAGAAGGAACAGCAUCAACAGCUCCAAUAGCUACUGCAGAAACUCCAGCCACCACAGCAGCCCCAGCAGCAGCCCCAGCAGCAGCCCCUGCUACGUGUAAUGGGGAACAAAACACAGCUCCGAGCGCCACUCCAGAGUCCUGGAAUGAGGAGACCGGCUGAGUCAGAGGGGAGCUGGGCAAGGGCAGGGUUGUACCUUUCUUUGUUGUAUCUUUUUUUGUAAAUAGUCACUGGCAUGGUACCCCCAAACUGUCCUAGCUUCCCCAAAAAUCCCCUCUGCGUCUGGCUGUCGGUGGUCUGACUCUGUGUGUCUUCAGCUAGGUGCCAGCAGAGUUUCUAUUUUUUAUGUGACAAAGUCCAGAGUGACCCUAAUGGGCUCCAGUAAACAGAUAGCUGGGCCUCCAUAACCCACUGCAUGAAAUAUUCUCUCUUUCCCCCUCCCUGCCUACAUUGCUUUCUUUUCCUUUGCCCUAUUGGUAGAUUUUUAUCAGUUUAUUUUCUCUCUACUAGUGGGCAUUUGAUUUUCUUGAUUUAUUUAUGCACUUCUUAGUUUAGCUGCUAUCAAAAAUGCAGUCCUCUCAGACUAUUCUCAUUUUCUGUCUGGGUUCUGGAUUGUCUGAGCCUAUUGAACUGAAACCAGAACAAUCAGAUCAGCUAUACUUACUAAUUGGCUACAGUGCAGGAAAUGAAAUGCACAUUCAAGUCAAGUUGCCAGGAUCUCAGUGAAAGAUACAGAAGUCCACACAUUACCAUAAUGGAUCUGCUAGGUUUGAUAUACCUAUACAGCAAAGGGUUUGCUAGGUCUGAGAUACUUAUACAGAAAAAAUGGGCAGCUUUCCAGAUGUUAUUGGACAGUCAUUCCCAUUACCCCUCACCAUUGACUAUGCUGACAAAGGGCUGAUGGGACAGCCUCUAAAGGGACAUGUGUUACCCACCACUGCUGUAUGAAUGAAUGUGGAAUUCAUGUGUUCAGCUUCUGACAUUGUUUUUAUCUCUCUGUUCACUGUCUGAAUUUGCAUGCACAGAGCUAAUGCAAUUCCAUGUUUAGUAUAAUAUAUGUGUGUAGUAUGUGGCCUUCCAUAUAACUCUCAGUAUAUGGAUACAUUGGAACUUUGGGCCAAAUUGGAAAGCAAGCCAUCUUUAAGAAAGCUGGGCAUAGAGGGGGUAAUAGCACAUGAUAAGCUACACCUUUAUUUAUUUAUUUAUUUAUUUAUUUUGGAAUUCACAUAUUUCUUUUGUUGCCUCCAAAACUGCAGUAGUCAAGAAGCUAACAUGCUUAUGGGUAACCACUUAGGAUGCUCUCUUUCACCCCAACACUGUAAUCCAAAGCUAGCAGUCCUGAGCUUGUAUAAUAAAUGCUGCAUUCAUUGUUUUUAACAUUAUUCAGUUCUGUCCUCUCGCCUAUAAGAGAGAAAUAACGAUGUCAUGAAGUUUACAUGGUAGGAAGUGUAAUCAUUCUACAUUUCUUGUAGGAGCUGCUAGAAAAGGUUGGCAUGCUGUAAAGCAGCUUUUCAAACAUUUCAUGUUGGUAAUACACUUUUUAGACAUGCAUCAUUUUGUGACACAGUAAUUCAGUCUUACUAGACAAGUGGAGGUUCAUCCAACUCCUUAUAAAAUAUAGAGACACAAAUUACAGUAACAAAAUGCAUGGGAACACAUGUCAUGAUUGUGAAAACCUUUCAUUUAUAUAUUUAAAUAAACAUGAUUUAUAGCUUAUGGUUUCUCACACAGACCCAGAGGUUUCUAGUUAAGUUCACAUGACACACCUACACGCUAAUGUGUUGCGACACACAGCUUAGAAAACUGCUAUGAAAAAUUAUAGAGCCACAUAUGAGCUGCAGAUAGAUAGCUGCCCAGGUUCCUAUCAGUGAGAGAUAAUCAUGCCAAUUUAUGACUAAAGAUAGAUCAACUAAACCAAGGACUAUGUUGUAGCUUCAAUAACAUCUGGUGAUUAACCUCCAUCAUUUGGAUGUUCUAUUCAAAAGCAGAUUCCACUGAGUUCAACAACACUGCAUAACCAGAUGACAAACAUACACCAGUAGCCAGAUUUGCAGAGGAAGGAUGCAAUUGUAGACAAGAUAUAAACAAACAUGCUGUGUUUUUCCUAGCUAUAGUUUUUCUGCAACUAGAAAAGUUUGAUGAAGAAUUUCUUCUUCAAAUCCAGCCUUGUUCUCUUCUGCUUUUUCAUUGAUCGGCAAACCGAAAUUACUGCCAAACACAGCAUUUCAGCUGCACUCAGGCAGGGUAUUUUCGUUUCCCAGAAUCAUGUUUUGUUAUGGAUUCCAUACAGAACAAUGUAGCCAUUCUACAGCAUUGUCACUAGCAAUAGCCCAUUGUAAACAGUGUCUCCUAAUUUUAGCCACUUGCUCAUAGGCUCUUUUAUACAAAGAAAAAGCAGCUGAGAUAACAAAACUUUCCAAACAAAUCUGCUGAUCUUUGCCAUUGGGGUGCUUUUUGUCCCAGCUAACGAAAAUGUAUUGGAACCAAAAAAAAAAAAAUCUCCAUUCCAUUUUACAAUAUACAAUGAUGCAGUCAGUUAACGACUAAUAUAGUGGUCCCAUUCAGGGGAAUUCAUGGAAACAGAAGUAUCUCACCAUACAUGAAGCAUGUUGUCCCCUUGAGAGAGGAGACAAGAUAGGUGUUCCUGUUGCAUGAUACUUGGGUCAUAUGGCACCUGGAUUUUCACCAUCUGACAAUUCAUACUAACUUGUGUAUUGGAAUUCCUUCACAGGAACUAUUAUUGCAUAGUGAGAGAUAGCAUAAUAAGCCAGACAAACAAACUUUUGGCAUUUUCUCUAAUACAAGCCUUGAACAAAGAUUUAAAUCAUACAUGCAAUAUUUAUUAUGUGAAAUAUUCCACCAUGUGCCAACACAGUUCUUGAUCUUAUUGCUGUUAGAAAUUGCACAGUGAAGACUCACUAAAACUGGGCAAGAAACUACCUACACACAGUUUACUGCAUUGAAACCCAUUCAAACAUCUUAUUUGUGAUUGUUUGUAUAACUUGGAUUAUGUGGCUCUUAAUUUUGUCUGUUUCUGUCUCCCAGAUAAUUAUAUAGGGUUCUAGGUUUUUGGAGCUGGGGGCUCUAUUACCCACAAGGAAGAGAAACAUUAGGAACUAUUUCAUAUCCAGAUUCAUAAUCCUAGAGUUACUUUUCAACAUGUUACAGUCUCCUGUUGGCAACCAAUGGUCCAAUAAAAAAGAGCCUGCUGGGAUCAGCAGGGAUUGACGUGAAGGAAAGAACAUCCCCAACCAGAGACAGCUUGCUGGUUUCUGUUUAUUAAACUUUCUAUCUGUCAUCAACCACCACAGUAGUCAAGUACUUGAAACAUUUGUUCCUGCUUCAAGUUGGUUCCUGAGCCCCCUCUCACUGUGGGUGCAUUUUCCAAAAGAAUGUGCAAGCCACAUGCAUGAGUGGUGAUGCAAGCAGACAAAGUGGUUUCUCCUAUUAGCACAACACUUUUUACUAUGGGAAAAGAAAUGUUGUGAAACAAAUACAUCAUCCCAGUAUCAUUUGCCCUACAUAUGCAUAAUUAACAGGAGAUACUCUAUUAUUUGCCGUAUGUUUUUUGUGUUGAAUUUUUCAAUCUGUAUAUUUUUGUCUUGCAUUAAGCUACAUUCUCUGUGUGUGUGAAAGAGAGAGAAAGUGAAUGACUAUGUGUUAUAAUGUACAGCAUUAUGUGGGUUGUGUUAUUACCACUUCUUAUUAGCACAGGACAAACACUAGGUCUUCUGUUACUCACUGUUUUACUCUAUGGUGGCUUAUGAUACGAACUGGUGCGGUUUGGCGUUUCAUUCUAGAUUCCUGAUUCUUAAACAGAGCAAUUUGACUGUAGUGGAGGCCUGAUCCUUGGGCCACUCUGAUCUCUAAUAAUCCCAGUCAACAGUACUAAGGGUGCAUCUAUACUGUAGAAUGAGUGCAGUUUGACCCCAUGUUAACUGCCAAGGCUCAAUGUUACACAGUCAUGGGAGUCACAGUUUUACAAGGUCUGUAGCUUUCUCUGCCAAAGAAUUUGGUGCUUUCAGAAUUCUUUAGCAUUGAGCCAUGGCAGUUAACAUGGUAUCAAAUUUGAUUAAUUCUAGUGUAGAUAUACUCUAAAGAAGGCAUCUAAGCAGAUUUGAAUCACAUUUGUCCUAUAUGUAGCCAUUUUAAAGAUUAAAAUGGUGAAGUCCGAUGUUUGUAUCAGUUGCUGGUGAUCUACAAAAGGUUACAGAAAUUUCCCCCUAUUUUUUUCUGACAUUUCUGUAAGAUGAGUAUUCUAUCGGCAUAAUUUUUUAUACCUGUUCCUGAAAAUUUGAGACCACUCUCACGGGAAUCCACUGCUGCGAGUAAUGAUUUUAUAUAUAUAUAUGUAACUUAUUUUUUAAUUAUUUAGAAAUGUGUAUUUAUUCUCUUUAAAAAAGAAAGACAUUAUAAACUAUAAAUUAUGGACUGGCCAGGACUUUGUUUGCUACAGAUGCAUGGCUCCUAGAUGCCCUAUUGUUCCUUGCUUGAUAGUGCAGUCCUAUAUAUUUUUCAGAAAGCCCUUCUGAGUUCAGUGUGACUUACUUUCAGGUACACAUGGGUAGGAAGGUGGUCUUAAUUUUCCAGGCUGCAAUUCUAUACCCUCUUUUGAGUAGACACUUGCAAGACUGAACUAUCAAUUAGCAGAAAUUUUGAUUUGGUUUCAAUUUGAUUUUAAAUGGAAUGAUCACUUUGGGCAGACUGAUCUUAGCUGUUUCUAAGUAUGUGCAAGGGCCUUAGCUAUAACAAUGAAAAUAGGAGCACACAGGUUGUAUUCAUCCCCUCAUUCAUUCCAAGCAUUCUUUACAAACUGUGCAACAGACUCAGCUAUUUUUAUACUAGGAAGAGUUGUAAAACCCACAUAGGCUACUCAGUAUAUUCAUAGGGGGCAGGGGUGCACUCAUCUCAGCCAUAUCCAAGGAUAGGUGAGACUCCAGUUGUCAUUUCCAUUCCUGAGAGAAGCUUAUCCAUUUUUAACUGCAACACAGUUCACAGAAAUCCAAGGGUGAUGCUUUCUCCAUUUCUGCAUUGUAAAACUAACAAAUGCUGUACCUGUUCAGUUUGUCCACCACAUACACCUCAUAAACAUAAAGCCUCUCUCAGGAAAACAGAUGGCAACUCUCUGCAUGAACCAUGCACCCCUCCCUCUUUCCUCAUUUCUGGUAUCCCAGGUUUAGCCCUACACAAGGAGCCCUGACUGUUGUUUUGAGUAGUCUGCACAAGACAGACCUCCUCGGUGUGAAGCCUCCGUCUCAACCACCUGCCUGCCUCAGGUCCUGCCUCUAGCAUCCCUCUUCUUUUUCCUCCCUCACAAGCAGCUGCAUGUUUGUAAGUUUGAGUUCAAUCUAUGGAAUUGUUUUAUUUUGACUACAGCCACCCAGAAAUUCCUGUGUAAUUGCCGCACUGUACCACUGGGGAAAAAAUAAAUAUCUUUGGUGGAUAUAUUGAGAGGCCACUUGCA